UUUCUGACUCCUCCCUGCAGAGAAUCGUCUGCUGCCCCCGGAGCUGCGCCGGGAGGCUCUGGCGCUGCAGAAGUCCAUCGAGUUUGAUGACCAAGGAGCAGAAGGGCUGGUGACGCAGCAGGACGACGAGUAUCGCUGGGCGGGUGUGGAGGACCCCAAGGUGAUGAUCACGACCUCACGUGACCCCAGCUCCCGCCUCAAGAUGUUCGCCAAGGAGAUGAAGCUGGUGGUGCCGGGCGCCCAGCGCAUGAACCGGGGGCGACAUGAGGUGGGGGCCCUGCUCCGGGCCUGCAAGGCCAAUGGCGUCACGGACUUGCUGGUGCUGCACGAACACCGCGGGCAGCCGGACGGGCUGAUCAUCUCUCACUUGCCCUUCGGGCCCACGGCGUUCUUCACCCUCUGCAACGUGGUGAUGCGACACGAAGUCCCCGACAUCGGCACCAUGUCCGAGGCCACCCCCCACCUGAUCUUCCACAACUUCACCUCUCGCCUGGGCCAGCGGGUCUGCAGCAUCCUCAAGUACCUUUUCCCGGUGCCCAAAGAGGACAGCAAGCGGGUCAUCACCUUCGCCAACCAGGACGAUUACAUCUCCUUCAGGCACCAUGUUUACAAGAAGUUGGACCAUCGCAACAUUGAGCUGUCUGAGGUGGGGCCGCGCUUCGAGAUGAAACCAUACAUGAUCAAGCUGGGCACGCUGGAGCAGGCAGCCACGGCCGAUGUGGAGUGGCGCUGGCAUCCUUACACCAACACGGCCCGCAAGCGGCAGUUCCUGAGCGCCGACUAAGGGGCACCCCCGGCCCAGAGCGUCCGCCCUGCUCUGGUGGCUGCCGGGCUGCGCUCUCUCGUGCCUGGACACAGGAUGUGGGGCCCGUUCAGCCGGAGAUUGCAGGGGAGCUCCCUCGUCGCUGGCUGGGAAUGUAAGCCGGAGUGGUUUUGGGCGUCGGAGUGCAAAGGCCGGGCCCCGACCCAGAGGGAUGCCGCUGUCUCCAGCUGUGGUUUCGGGCCCCGGCCCCAUGGGUAUUGCCCUGCGGUGGAGGGGGAAGCACUAGCAGAGCUGUUGUUUUCACACUUUUAUUUUUGUAGGGUCUGCGUUAAUACACAGCUUGGUUCGA